GUGCACCACUUUUGGCAUAGGACCAUAUAGUAUAGAAGUUCAUUUUAAGCUUAGAAAGAUGGCUUCCAAGAUGACAUUUUACUAUGCGACUUUGGUUCUAUACUUGAUAGUUUCCGAGGUUUUUAUGUACAAAGCUGGUGCAGCCGGGGAGUGUGGGAAGACUCCGAUACGCUCUGCGGCUGCCAGCUUAAGUCCCUGCCUGAGCGCGGCGGGAAAUGCUAGGGCUAAGGUCCCUCCCAAUUGCUGCACCAAAGUUAAUGGAUUGAUCAACACUGCUCCGCGAUGCCUCUGCGCUGUCCUGCUGUCGCCUUUGGCGAAGCAGGCCGGUAUCAAUCCCGCUAUUGCUAUCACUAUCCCCAAGCGAUGCAACAUCAGGAACCGACCGGUGGGAAAGAAGUGUGGAAGUUACACUGUCCCAUGAGAGCUAAAGUCUGGAGAAGUAAAGAAUGAUAGAUAACCUAGCUUCAUGUGAGUACUGUAUCUUUAAUAAGAGUUGCCAUUUAGUAGGUCACACUGUUAGAGGGCCUGCAGGCAACUUUUUUCAUGUGUGUGGGUGGAUAUGAGUCUUAUGUUGAGAUGAUAUGAUGGUUUAGUGUUGAUGCGUGUUUGUACCAACUUAAUCUCUUCCUAAUAAUAAUUUUUUUUUGUUUGGCAAUGGCCACCUU